AUGUCCAGAGCGGCGAUGCAAUCGGCGGUCGCCGACCGAGAUGCGGUAGCUUACCUCCAGACGCUCUCGAUUCCUGAGAUUCGUGCCACGGUCCGCAUAACCGAUGCGAUGUGCGGCAUGAAUGCAGCAAGAUCCACAUUCAAGACCGACGAAGAACUGAUCGGCUACCGUAACGACAUCGUCCGUGAUCUCAGGGAUGGUCCACGGCAAGGUGGUGGAGCCACUGGUUUUGAAGCCGAGAAACUCUACGGCCCAGUAUGGAACUUCCGGCCGACGAAACUUGAUGUCGAGCGAAGCAUCCAGUUCCACGAACCCCAUCCGAGCGGUAAGAUUGCGUAUCGGGUUUGUCGGGGGCAUGGAAGGAGGUUGAACAGGGCGUAUGGGUGGACUGGAGACAAUUUCGUGGCAGAAGGAAAGAGUGCGGUGGCUUUGGGCGAGAAGCAGGUCAAUUGA